GACAUUAGAGGUGCCAAAACCAUGGCUAGAAUUUCUCCUAUCCUAGCUUUCCAACUCAUAAUUUCCUCCCUCUUCUCUUCCUUUGCCAUGAUCCCAGUCUCUGGGGAAAAUCAUGGGUUUGUAGGAAGCAUUGACCCUAAGCUUUUUGGACUGCAAAAUGAAAAGCUCACCCACAUUCGCUUAUUUUGGCAUGACAUUCGUAAUGGGCCUCACCCUUCUGCCACAAAUUUUGGGUUAGUGAGAAUGUUUGGUAAUGCCCUAACCAUAGGACCUGAAUUGAGCUCAGAAUUGGUGGGAAGGGCUCAAGGGUUUUAUGCAUCUGCAGCACGAAAGAAGCUUAGCCUGUUGAUGGUUCAGAACUUUGCUUUUGUCCUAGGUAAGUUUAAUGGCAGCAGCAUAAGUUUGAUAGGAAGAAAUUCAAUUUUCAACAAAGUAAGGGUAAGGGAGCUGCCUGUGGUUGGUGGAAGCGGGGCUUUCAGGUUUGCUAGGGGUUAUGCUGAGGCAACCACCACCGGUAAUGCUACGGUGGAGUACAAUAUCUUUGUGUUGCAUUAUUGAUCAUGGGAUUUGGGAAGUUCAUAGUAUGACUUCUUGUAUUUUCUUGGAAAUAAAUCAA